CGUGUGUAUAUAUAGCACUACUCUAAAUUACUCAUUCCUCACAUCCAUCACCUACUCCAUAUCUAUACGAUGACAGUCAUGAGACUUGUUUACCUACUCACCUUUCUUCUAUCCAUUGCGUCUUUUACACUUACCUUAUGCAAUGGAAACCUGGUCCAUUUGCCUUGCAAAGAAAAUGAGAGACAAACACUUCUUAUGUUCAAGAAAGAUCUCAAUGAUUCUUCAAAUAUGCUUUCCUCUUGGGAUGGUGAAGGCGAUUGUUGCAACUGGACCGGUGUUGCCUGCAGUAAUUUAACCGGUCAUGUCCGUGAGCUCCACCUUGCUGGUUAUCAUGAUGAAGUGAAUGGUGAGUACCGUGGGCUGGGUGGCAAGGUAAAUCCUUCUCUACUGAAUUUAAAGCAUCUCAGCCACUUGGACUUAAGCUUCAACAAUUUUGAAGGACUGCAGAUUCCCAGCUUUUUGGGUUCUCUUAAACGUUUAAGAUAUCUUGAUCUCUCGGCUGCAGGGUUCAACGGAACCAUUCCUCAUCAGUUGGGAAAUCUCUCAAGUCUACGUUAUCUCGACCUUUCUAGAACCUCUGAUUUGAUGGUCGAGAAUCUUGAAUGGCUCUCUGGUCUUUCUCUGUUGAAACAUCUUGACAUGACUGGUGUAGAUCUUACCAACGCAUCUCGUUGGUUACAAGUAAACCCACUCCCUUCUCUGCUGGUAGAGUUACAUUUUGCUAGCUGCGAACUUCAUCACAUGCCAAGUGGUAUUGCGAACUUGACAAAUCUUAAAGUUCUUGAUCUUUUUCUCAAUGAUGUCAACUCUACCAUACCUACAUGGUUGUACAGUUUGGGCAAUCUUGAGUCCCUCGAUCUUUCUUUCAAUGCUUUCCAUGGUGAAAUUUCGAGUUCCCUAGGAAACUUGACAGCCUUAGUUGAUCUUCAAUUAAGUGGGAAUGAGCUUGAAGGGGAAAUCCCAAACUCAUUGGGAAAUCUUUGUAGGUUGACUUCGGUUGGUCUAAGGAGGAACAAUUUUAGGGGGAGGGUAUCAGAAAUCUUAGAAAGUUUGUCUCGGUGUAGUUUUGAUCAAAUAGAUUUUUUAGAUUUUCGGAAUAAUAAUUUUUCAGGUCAUUUAUUUGGUAUGCUAGGAAUUUUUAAAAAUUUAAGUUAUCUUGAUCUUUCGUAUAAUUCUAUAUCAGGUCUCAUUCCGGUGUCCUUAGGAAAUCUAUCAUGCUUACAAUACUUGAGCAUUGAUCAUAAUUCAUUCGAGGCUGUUGUCUCUGAAGCUCAUUUUACAAAUCUUACAAGAUUGAAAACGUUUAUUGCACAUGAUAACUCCUUGACUCUUAAAACCAACUAUGACUGGUUUCCUCCUUUUCAACUUUUUACCUUGAGUUUAGGUUCUUGGCGUCUGGACCCAUCAGAGUUGCCUACAUGGCUUCAAAGUCAAAAUCAGUUGUUUUCUCUUAACAUGUCCAAUACAGGAAUUUCAGGUACCAUUCCGACUUGGUUCUGGAACAUCAUUUCAUAUGAUUCAGCAAACUAUGUGGAUCUCUCGAGUAAUAAAUUGUCCGGGGAGGUUCCAAACAUAGUUUCUGCCAACUGGCCAAAACCAAAACAGGAUUCCAAUUCUUCCUCUAUGGGUUUCCUUUUUGUAAUUGACUUAAGAUCGAACCAGUUCAACGGUUCAUUGCCUCUUGUGUCUUCGGCAGUGUCUAUUCUAGAUCUUUCCAAUUCAUCAUUUUCGGGAACUCUCUCUCACUUCUUUUGUGAUAGGAGUGAUGUACCUAAAAAACUUCGAGUUCUUCAUCUUGAAAACAAUCUCCUCGAUGGAGAAAUUCCUGAUUGUCUGUCAUACUGGCCAAACUUGACAACUGUGAAUUUAGAAGACAACAAUUUGACAGGGAAAAUUCCAAGCUCUAUUGGAGACUUACUUUCGCUUCGAUCAUUGCACUUGCGCAAUAAUAGCCUAUCUGGAGAAUUACCCGUGUCCUUACAAAAUUGUCAGCAGUUGUUUGUUCUUGACCUUGCUGGAAACAAGUUUGCUGGAGGCAUUCCAAUAUGGUUUGGUCCAAGCUUGGUAGUUCUUAGUCUUCGUUCAAAUAAGUUCCAUGGUUUCAUUCCAGAUGAACUCUGCAGUCUCACAAAUCUCCAAAUCUUGGACCUUGCUUAUAACAAUCUCUCGGGAACGAUACCAAGAUGCUUCCAAAAUUUUUCGUCCAUGGCCACUACCCUUUCAAGCGAAGGAGGUACCAGUAUUGAAGAUGCGUCUUAUUUUAAUUAUAUGAUUGAUAAGGCCUACAUAGAGAAUGUGGAUUUUGUGACCAAAGGCAGAGAAGUGAAAUAUGACACAGUGCUUCGUUUGGUAACUAGCUUGGACCUUUCAAGCAACAUGAUAUCUGGAGAAAUCCCCGAAGAGCUGACCAGCCUCAUUAUCUUGCAAACAUUGAAUUUAUCCAAUAAUCUUCUGACUGGAAGAAUCCCUUCCAAAAUCGGUGAUAUGAAAAUGUUAGAGUCACUUGAUUUGUCCGUGAACCAACUUUCUGGUGAAAUUUCUCCAAGCAUAUCGAACUUGACAUUUCUCAGUUAUCUGAAUUUGUCCUAUAACAAGCUGAUAGGGCAGAUUCCGAUAAGCACUCAGCUUCAGAGCUUUGAUCAGUCUAGUUAUGUUGGCAACAAACUAUGCGGACCUCCAUUGAAAGAGCGUUGCAGUGUAAAUGAGGCCAUGCCACCGGUAGGUGAUGACAAGCACGUAGAAGGUUAUUUACUUGAAGAUGGUGGGUUCUAUUUGAGCUUGGGGCUUGGAUUUGCAUUCGGGUUUUGGAUUGUUCUUGGUUCAUUGUUGUCUAAUGUGCCAUGGAGCAAUGCAUUUUCUCAGUUCCAAAAUCGCAUUGUGAAGAAGCUCUAUGCUGCAAUUGUUGAAUGUUAUUAACUAUUUUUCAGCCGUUAGAGGCGUUUUGUGUGGUUUGUUUCUACUUUUCUGCUAUACAGAUGGAGUCUUUGUGCCAAUUUAUUUUGUCUUUGCUUUGUUUUUUUUUUCUUUUCCUGAAUAAAAUUGUAAGAUUUGCUUUAUAAAUAUGAAAUUUCAGAUACAGUCACGAGAAACUAUAUUUAUAGAGUUGAAGUUUGAUGUGAAGUGCGUCUCAUAACUAAUCUCAAUUUAAAAAAUAAAAAUAGAAAUUCCUUCC